AGUUGCGUCGCAUUGUAGAUGAGCUGUGACGUGCACACUGCAAGCUCAAAUUCUGGCCGAUCAGGAAGAGGAGUUUGUGAGAGUUUUACCACAGCCUAGAGUUACAUUUUAAAAAUUAAAUUAAAUUACAUCUAAAUUUGUCAAAGCGACAGGAGCCGACGCAAACAUGUCUGUUGCCGGACUAAGGAAACAGUUUUAUAAAGCGAGUCAGAUGAUGAGUGAGAAGGUGGGGGGUGCAGAAGGAACCAAACUGGACGAGGACUUCAAAGACCUUGAGAGGAAGGCUGAGGUCACCAGUAAAGCCAUAUCAGAUGUGCUCUGCAAAACUGCUGAAUACCUGCAGCCUAACCCAGCAUCAAGAGCGAGGCUGACCAUGUUGAACACCAUGUCUAAAAUGCGGGGACAGGUGAAGAGCCCAGGCUACCCUCAGGCAGAAGGCCUUCUGGGAGAGUGUAUGCUCAAAUACGGCCGAGACAUGGGAGAAGACACCAACUUUGGUGGUGCUUUAGUGGAGAUGGGAGACGCUAUGAAGAGACUGGCAGAAGUGAAAGACUCUCUAGACAUUGAUGUCAAACAGAACUUCAUCGACCCUUUCCAAACUAUAGUCGACAAGGACCUGAAAGACAUAGAGCAUCAUCUGAAAAAACUGGAGGGCCGUCGGCUGGAUUACGACUACAAGAAGAAGCGUCAGGGGAAGAUUCCGGAUGAGGAGGUCAGGCUAGCAGCAGAGAAGUUCAAAGAGUCCAAAGAAUUGGCUGAAACCAGCAUGCAGAACCUUCUGGAUACGGACGUGGAGCAGGUGAGUCAGCUCACAGCUUUGGUCGAAUCCCAGCUGCAGUUUCACAGACAGUCUGUUGAGGUCCUGGAGGAGCUGGCACAGAAAAUGAGAGAGAGAGUAAACGAGGCCGAAUCUCAGCCACGGCAGAAACGGAUGCCUGCCUCCAAACCCAAUUUUGAUUGCUUGGAGUCAGAAGACUCUGACGGAGGCUGGAGUCCGUCAGCUGCACCGUCAUCACACGUGUCCACAGCGGCCCACUCUUAUAACAGCCCAUCUUCCCAUCAGAAACGCAGAAUGACAGAUCAGCCAUGCUGCAAGGCAUUGUAUGACUUUGAAGCGGAGAACGAAGGAGAGCUUGGCUUCUACGAGGGUGACGUCAUCACACUGACCAAUCAAAUAGACGAGAACUGGUUCGAGGGAACCGUACACGGGCAGACCGGAUUGUUUCCCUGCAACUACGUAGAGGUUAUGGUGCCGCUGCGGCACUGAUCUCACACAAAACAGGAAGAGGAAGUGCAAUUCCAGGUACAGGACAGGGAAUAGGGGGACAAUUUUGACACUUUGACCUCCUGAAAGAAAUGCUGGAAUAAUAUACAGUACGAGUUUGAAUGAUUAUUUGUUACUUAGGCUUCAGGUCAAGAGUUUUAGUUCAUCAUAGAAAACUCUAGCAUUCCCCAAAGUACAAUAAACAUCAUUGAGAAGAUGUCAAAGAUAAAUCUGUUUUGUAAGAGUUCAUUCAAAUGGAUUUUAUUUUCAUAUUCAGUUUCCUAUACUGAUGUUACAAAGAAGUGUCUUCUGUUGGUAAUCACUGACCUCUAGUGGCCACAAUUAUGUAUAACACCUUAUUAUGCAUUAAUUACUCAUUCAAAGUUGAUUCUAACAACAAAACAAAAAGGAAGGUCAACAGAAAAAUAAAGCGGUUUCUUUACAUGACAGUCAACAGGGAUAGCUUACUCAAAUAGAAAUAAAAUUUUAGUGUCUCACCCUCAUGCUGUUCCAAAUGCGAACCAGAAGUACCAGUUUAUGUUUAUGUACACAACAAUCAUUUUUACAUUCAUUUUCUGCAUGAUUCCAUCCCUCGCUCUCUUUUCUAGAAAGGGGAACCUUUACAAAUCUCCUUCUGAACUGUUCUUGUGUUUCUUAGAACUAUAGUAGGACACACACAAAAGUGCGUGAACCACUUUUGUUAUUGUUUUUUUGUUAUUGUUUGUUGUUGUUUUUUUUUUUUAAGUCCAGAUUGUUUUCAUUCUGGGUUAUUAUGGCUUUAAUCUGUUCCCACUUCCUCAAAGAGGGAAAUGCGAAGUUCCUCUAACCACUGAUCUUGGUUCAGUUUCUACUUCUCAGGGAAAAGGUUCGUCUGCUGUAAUCCUCUGUACAGAGAAACUCACUGGGAUUCAUUUAUAAUACUCAACAUGUUUUGUUCUGAACAUUCUUGCCUAAAGUGCAGACCACUGAAAUCUGUUGCCUUGCAUAAACCGUACCAAGCAAAUGUUUACAUGGUUCCUAUAUCUUUGUAUUUGUGAAUUUUCCUCAUCUUUUCAAUGCAAUAACGAUAUUCAACUUUCUACUACUUUAUUUUGAAGAAACCGUCUAUAAUCACUGCAAAUAUCAAUUACAUAUUUCCAAUUUUUUUUUUAAGGACAAUGUUAGAAUGACAGUCAUAUGCCAUAGUUUUAGAUGACAAAAGGAAAGAUUUGACUGGUUUAGAUUAUCUAGCAUUUUGGAUCGGUUUAUAUUUCAGAUUUGGUUUUGUUUUGUUUUUAACCCCAAACCAUUCCUGGGAUCUUGACAAGGGAAUGGUGAAAACUGGGAUCAGGUUGUAAUCGGUGUAGAGUUACUGUAGUGAAAAAAGUAGAAAAUCAGAGCUGUUGGAAAGCGUAAUGAUCAAUGUUGUGCAUCAUAAUUGGUACGUACUGUAGAUCAGGAUAUACCACAGCAUGUUCAGAAAGAAUGAUUUCAGCCAUCACCUCCUUCAAUGUGCCUUUUUACUCUUUUAUUCGUGUGAUCACAGGUACAUUAGUCAGCAGAUCUGAUUUCAUGUGAUUCAGUAGUUUCAUGCCGAAAGGAACCAGUGUGAUGAGUUUUUGUGAAGUAUAAACGUCAUUGUGUUUGGGGUUGAGGGAUGCUGGUCCUAGGUUUCAGGUUCGAGUCUUGCUCUGGUAACUCUGUUUUACCUCGUACUGUAGUACUGUACUCUCAGCCUCUUACAUGUGCUCUGAUGUUGCUGACACUACACUGGAAAGUAAUCAUAUUCUGUUAUGUGUAGAAUGUAUUAUAUGUAAUGGAAACCUUGUUUGUGCCUCUAUUGUCCCUGGUUAACCUUGUUCGACCUCAAAUCUAAAAAAAUAUAUAUUUUUAGAAAGUGUUUCAGAAAUAAUGCUUCUUUGAAUCAGUAUUUCCUGCAUAAUCCAUUUGUGAUUUAUGUUUUGUUAUGAAAAUGUGCAGGGAUAAGAGAACAUUGUAUAUUUUAAUUUUAAAUAAAGGUGGAAAACUAUA